AUGGACAAAACCUGGAAACUUGAUUCCUUCAAUACCUUCUUGUCUUCAUUGGUCAGGAUUGCUUCUGCUACUGCAUUUUCAGGCUCGUCUGAUUUCCAACAAUGCCUGCUGCUUUCUUUCUUGGCUUCAUCUUCUGCCCAAAUCUGUCGUAGCCAAAGGUUUCCAGAUAACAGGCAAUAUGACAACUGCAACGACCUUCCGACCUUGAACUGUUUCCUCCACUGGACAUAUGAUCAAGCCGCUGGCACCCUCGAUGUCGCGCUUAGACACACCGGAACCACCGACUCGACGUGGUUGACCUGGGGCCUCAACCCUUCGGGUCCAAGAAUGCAGGGUACCCACGCUUUGGCCGCCUUUGUCAACUCCAGUGGCGUGGCUCAGGCUUACACAACAUCCAUUGACACCAUGAGCCCCACCAUGCAAUCGAGUGCUUUGAGCUUUGAGGUUCUCAUCCUUUCAGCAAGGUUUGAGAACCAGGAGAUGAUGAUAUUCGAUGUUCUGAGGAUCUCCGAAAGCUGGUCAUCAACCAGCCAGGUUUGGCAAAAAGGUCAGGCCAAUAACGGGCGACUAGGGAUUCAUUCUCUUUCAGGGGCCAACCUCCAAUCCGCUGGAAGUGUCAAUUUCCUCACCGGACAAUCUGGAGGGAGCUCAGGCAGUUCAAGAACUCGAAGAAGAAACGUUCAUGGAGUUUUGAACACGAUGAGCUGGGGAAUCUUGAUGCCCUUGGGAGCCAUAACAGCUAGGUACAUGAAGGUGUUCAAAUCAGCAGACCCGACAUGGUUUUAUCUCCACGUUGCUUGCCAAACUUCGGCCUACGCCGUGGGUGUUGCAGGUUGGGUUACUGGCAUUAGGCUCGGUAGUGAUUCUCCUGGUAUUACACACAAUCCUCAUCGGAACAUCGGUAUCGCCCUCUUCUGCCUCGAUACUCUUCAGGUGUUUGCUUUGCUUCUGAGGCCAAACAAUGAUCACAAAUACAGAAUGUAUUGGAACAUCUACCAUCAUUCCGUUGGUUACACUGUCAUCAUCUGCAUCAUCAUCAAUAUCUUUGAAGGAUUCGACAUCCUUAAACCCGAUGACCAUUGGGAGAGAAUCUACAUUGGAAUUCUCAUAUUUUUGGGCAUUGUUGCCACUUCGUUGGAAGUAUUCACUUGGUACGUUGUUCUGAAAAGGAAGAAGAAAGGGUCUGAUAAGCACUCUCACAACAUCAACGGAGCCAAUGGAGUGAGGGGACAGGAGGUGUAACAAUUUUGUAGAUGUUACAUAUACUAUUAGCAGUGUAUAGUUAUAUAUUUGUUGUCAGUCUAUUACACCAUGUGUUUUGGAUGACAAUCACAUUCACAU